CUUAAAAUAAAGCAAAGCUGUAAAACCAGUAUGGGGGGUUGGACACAGUAGUAGUACAGAAGCAGCACACAGAAAAACACUUCCAUUGCAAUUCUGCAAACACCACUGCUAGUUUUUAUUUUUUAUUUUGUUUUUACUGGGAUAAACUAUAUAGGAAGGACCAUCAUUUUUAGCAUACCGUCCACAGGAUCCUAAUGAGCCAUUUACUAACCUCAUUCUGCCCCAGGCACUGCAAAUUUGUUUUGCCUUUUUGGAAAAAAUGGAGCAUCCAGCACUUGGCACUUUAUGGCUACCUAGCACAAAGAUCCCAAGGCCUCAGUUCCUGCCGGCACACCGGAUACCCCUCACUAACAGCCCCCAGUCCUUCCCUUGCAAAAUGAGCCAGUUCUCUGCGAUUCCUGUCUCCAGACAAGCCUCUAUGAGUGACUUCUGGCUGGAGGUGGAACACAUCAAACAGUCACGGAGGUCGGAUGUGGACGAAUGCAACUCCUCAGAUUCGGGAAUCACUGAAGAUGGUGAGGCAGAAGCAGCAUGGCUGCAGGAUACUGGUCUCUCCACUCUUAUUGGUGACCAGUCCCCCCUGGAGACUAACAUCAUAAUAUCCACCUUGACUCAAACUCAGGCUGCGGCAGUCCGGCGUCGACUGGACACCUACAGCUACUCCCUUCGGGAACGCUGGAAACAGCCGACCAGGGAUGUCAGGGAUGUGUUCAUUGCAAAGGGCUCAGCGGAUGGCUUCUUUAGGAAGAAUGGGAAAGUGCAUACGUCUGAUCCAAAACAAGCUCUUGGAAGGGUCUUGACAUUGCCGUACAAAGGGUCAGAGAGCCAGCACCGAGUUCCCGGGGGUGCUAAUAUUUUUGAUACUGAUGUGGCAUAUUCAGAGCAGGCAGCUACAAUGCAAAAAGAGGAGCAAGCCAGAGUACAGGAUACAGGAACGUUACCCAAAUUCCAGCUCCAUAAAGGGAGACUAGGAACGACAUGUGUGUCAGACCUCAACCCCUCUGAUAUGAAGCAAGUACCUGCUUUGGCCCUCAUUGAGUUGACAGCUCUGUGUGACAUCUUGGACUUAGAACUGAAGAGGAACAAGGCACAAAAGCGCAAGUCUGCUGAGAGUCACCUGUUUGGAGUAACACUUCCCAGCCUCUUGAUUAAGGACCAGAAGUUGGUGCCUGACACAAAGGUCCCACUCAUCCUUCAAGAGAUCUUUGCAUGCAUAGAGAAGAAUGGUAUAGAAGUUGAGGGGAUUCUGAGGAUCUCAGGCUCACAAGCUCGGAUCAAGAAUCUACAGCAGCGGCUGGAUAAAGAUUUCUAUGACGGCCUCUUCUCUUGGGAUGAUGUCCAUCCUCACGAUGCCUCUGGACUCCUCAAAGUGUUUUUGCGAGAUCUGCCAGCCCCUUUACUCACUACCCAGUACCUCCCAGCAUUCACAGCAGUGCAGAACAUUCCAGACCUGAAGCAGAGACUCCAAGCACUAAACCUACUCAUCCUCAUCCUGCCAGAGCCAAACCGCUCUACUUUAAAGGCACUCCUGGAAUUCCUACAGAAAGUGGCUGCAAGGGAGAAAACAAAUCUCAUGUCUCUCUGGAAUGUUUCCACCAUUUUGGCACCCAACUUAUUUCUGUAUCACGGAGGGAAGAAUCUUAACAGAGGGGAGAAGCAAAUCGCGGAGGGGACGGCAGCUUUGGUGAUGGCUAUGGUGCAUUACCAAGACCUUCUGUGGACAGUUCCCACUUUCUUAGUGUCCCAAGUGCGCAAGCUGAAUGAAAGCGGUACUAAGAAGCAUGCCUUCCGUGAUCGCAGACUGAGGAAUUUCCUACGUAAAAUCCACACUGAUAAGGAGAGAUCGGAGAAGAAACAAACUGAGCUUUGUAAGCAGGUGAAGAUCCAAUCAUCCCUUUGGCUGAAAGAGACCAUGGCUGUACGGGUGGAUGGAGGGACCCAAGCAUCAGAUGUCUUUGAGCAGCUAAAAAAGUUGGGACAGAGGAGCUGGGACAUGGCCAGCACUGUGUGUUUCCUUAGAAGCUCCUCUGAGUACCCGAACCUGGCACUGUUUGAAGUAGGAGGGAAUCUCUGCGAACGCCGCCUGGAUCCUGACACCUACUUAAUGGACCUGUACAAUGCAAACCCUAAUGCUGAAUGGGUGAUAAAGUCUAGUAGUUAAUCACUGCCUUCAAACAGGACAGUAUGAUUGGUUGCCGCUGAGCUUGCCAGUACUCCCCCAAAUAAAGUUGGAUUUAAUAGACUAUCCAAACCUGGACUGACUGUGGCUGGAUCCUAGGCUAUGUUUUUGCCAUGAAGCUGGGGGGAUAUAAAUGCAUUCAAAUAAGCCUGAGAUUAACAUGGACUGCUCCUCUGGCAUCACUAUUGGCCUCAUACCUGGGACGAUUGUUGCACUUUUUGUUGGACCUCACUAAGGAUCAUGGGUCAAGGGAACACGUCCCUGUACCUGGCUUAGUUGUAAGAAGCACUUUGAUUAUAUAUAGGUUUCCUAUGCUGGAAUUUAAUGAAAACAUUCCCUGGCGUUGCCAAAAGAGGGCAUAAGAGUACCCACCAACCAGGCUUGAAAACCCUGGCUAAUAUACUUCUGCUGCUCUGCAGAUAUGAAAUGCAUCCAAAAAACAAGAAAAAGGUUGUUGUCGUUUUUUUUUUUUUUUUCGUUUAAAAAAAGAAAAGUGUUUUAUGAUUUAUUUAAAAUAUUCAUAAUAAAACCCUAAAAACCCUAAAAGAUACAUAAGGCAUAAAACAAUGACUUUAUUUUUGGUUUAUCUGUUUUUUUAUGUCUUUAACUAUGAACAAUUUUGCAAUUAUUAAAG